AUGCCGCUCCGCCUCAGCGUGGGCCCCUGCUACGCCCCCGCUCCUUUUUGCAGCAUCGCGGUCACAACGGCGCUGGUGGGGUUUGCGCAGAGCAUGCUCGUGGCGGCGCUGUACCAGAUGCGCAGUGGCUUCAUUUACAACAUCGUGUCGGAGCACGAAGCGUGGAUACCGAAAUUGUUCCAGUACACCGGCGGUGGCAGCGCUGCGGGACGCUGGGGAGGUGGCAGGCCCCACCGGCCGCGGCCCGCGCUGGCGGACAGCGACCCCAAGGCCGGCGACGCGGCGACACCAGCCGCCGCCCCUGAGCGCAGGGCCGCGGCUCUGGCUGAAGCACCAGUCUUCUUCAACCUGGCGCUGGCCUUCGGCUCCAGCGUGUCGCUGUUCCUCAUAUCACCCGCCGCGUCGGGCUCUGGCAUCCCGGACGUCAAGGCCUACCUCAACGGCGUUGAGUCACCCAUCUUCAGGAACUUCUUCACAGUGAAGACGUUCGUCAUCGGCAGCGCGCUGGCGGUGGCGAGCAGCCUUGUGAUGGGCAAGGAGGGGCCCAUGCUGCACGCGGGGUCUAUCUUGGCGGUGAUCCUGGGCAGCAGCAAGUGGUUCCAGCACAAGAUGGACCUGGCCAUGCACUGGGGCACUUACACAUACAACAGGGACAUCCGCGAUCUGGUGGCGUGCGGGGCCGCGUGCGGCGUGUGCACCGCGUUCAAGGCGCCGGUGGGGGGCGUGUUCUUCGCCAUGGAGAUGUCCACCAGGGCGCAGGCGCUGGGUGCAAAUCAUCACACCUGA